AUGCCACCGCCUGUUGGCAGAUACGGGCCCUCGGCCUUGAACGCGCCAUUUUCUCACCUCCAACAAGCUCAUCAAUUACAACAGCAGCAGACACAGCACCAUGCCGCUCACACACAAUCUGUCAAUGCCGGACUCCCUCCUCCUUCACUAGGCGGUCACCCCGGUUUUGCCGCAGCCGCUUCAAACUCGAACUUGAAUCCAUUUGGUCUUGGUGCUAGUGGAGUGUCGAAUGGUGUCUCAAUGAGCGGGUUUGGUGGAGCUGGCGAUGUUGGCAACGGCACAGGACUCGCUAGCCAUGCAGCACAAAUGGGAUUUGUUCGGGGAGCACAGAUGCAGCAACAACAGCAGUUGCAUCAAGCACAAGACGGAAGGUUGAUCUUAGAAGGAAAAGCAGGGUCGAUAAAAUCUCGAAUACGCGAUGUUUGGAAGCAUAAUCUGGCCCAAGAAAUGGCUACGUUGAGGCAGUUGGUGGAGCGGUAUCCAUACAUCAGCAUGGACACCGAGUUUCCAGGUAUUGUCGCUCGACCUAUGGGUUCUUUCACGACAAAAGCAGACUAUCACUACCAAACACUACGCUGCAACGUUGAUCUCCUCAAAAUGAUUCAGUUGGGUAUUACAUUGUUCUCGCCAGAGGGUGAAUUACCACCGGCAACUUCAUUAGAACCGAAUGGACAAGGAUAUAGCAAUAACUACGGCCCAGCGCCGUGCACAUGGCAAUUCAAUUUCAGAUUCUCCUUGGAAGAUGACAUGUAUGCUCAUGAUUCGACGAGCAUGUUGGCCAAAGCCGGAAUUGACUUUUCUAUGCAUGAGAAAAAUGGCAUUGAUCCUCUAGAGUUCGGCUCUCUAUUGAUGAGCUCAGGUUUGGUGUUGCUGGAUGAUGUACAUUGGAUAUCAUUCCAUUCAGGCUAUGAUUUUGGGUAUUUGAUGAAGAUCAUGCUUUGCAAGCCUCUACCAGAUGAUGAGGAAGAAUUCCACAAACUCCUGCAAAUAUUCUUCCCAUCGUUGUAUGACAUCAAAUAUCUCAUGAAACACGCUGGCCGAAAUCAGGCCGUCAAUGACUCUCCAUUAACACCCGCGGCACUUCAGAUCAUCAACAACCUAGGUCAAAAGUCUGGUCUACAAGAUAUCGCAGACGAGCUUGGAGUUAAGCGAGUCGGAAUUGCUCACCAGGCCGGGUCCGAUUCUCUGGUCACGGGCGAGAUCUACUGGAAGAUGCGACAAAUUGUCUUUAAUGGAACAAUUGAUGAGACCAGGUAUUCGGGACAGGUCUGGGGUUUAAAUGGCCAAUUACCUGCAUUGGCUUACUACGGCAACCAAGCACAACAAACACCCAACUUGAAUGGCGCAACAAUCUAUUCUACCACGGGAACGCCGAGCACACCAAACAAUACGUCGAAUGCAAACACUGCCCAUACGCCUCAGCAACAAAGCCAAAUUGGGGUGGGAUCUUUGACCCCAGGAGGCGGUGGAGGUGUUUUUGGGGCAUUUCAAAUGGGCAAGUGA